CAAAUGGAGGGUCCUUAGCCUCUUACUGUCUUACACACACACACUCUCUCUCUCUCUUCUUCUCUCCCUCUUUCUCAACUUUCUCUUCUCUGCUAAAUCGAUUCUCUUCUUCUUCUUCAACUACUACUUACUGAUUCUUCAGCAACUGAUCCAUAAGAUUUAACUAGGGUGAUUUUUGGUGGGUUUUUGUUUCCUGAAGAACUUUUUUAUUCUUAGAUUAAGCAGGGUACCAAAAAUUUGAGUGUUUCUGGUUUCGAACUUUGAUGUCUCCACCACUACUUGGUGCUGGGGAGGAAGGAGGUCCAGGAAAUGUCGCUUUACUACCUUCUUCAACCUCCAUGGAAAGCAUAUGCCAGAACGGCUCAGAAUUAAAAGAGCGUAACUACAUGGGAUUAUCUGAUUGUUCUUCAGUGGACAGCUCAGUGGUCUCCAGCGUCUCUGAUGAGAGCAAAACGAGGCUGAAUCUGAAGGCUACAGAGCUAAGGCUUGGACUUCCUGGGUCUCAGUCUCCUGAGAGAGAUCCAGAACUUUGUCUAUUAAGUUCUACACAACUCGAUGAGAAGGCUCUUUUUCCGUUGCAUCCUACAAAUGAUAGUCACUAUACAUCACAGAAGAAUGUUGUUUCCGGCAACAAAAGAGGAUUCUCUGAUGUUAUGGAUGGGUUCUCAGAGGGGAAAUAUCUUUCUAAUUCUGAGCUAUUGUCACCCAGGCCUGCUCCAAACUUGGGACUAAAGCCAGGUUCUAUGCUAGAGAACCUCGGGGCUCAACCAGCCAAAGCAAAAGAGAUGGCAACCCAGAAAGCAGUGCAGGAAAGACCUCAUGUUGCCAGUGAAACUAGAACAAACCAUAAUGGCUCUGCAAACAACAAUGGCAGUGCACCUGCUCCAAAAGCACAGGUUGUGGGUUGGCCUCCAAUUAGAUCAUUUAGAAAGAACUCAUUGGCUACCCCUUCAAAGAACACUGACGAAGUAGAUGGAAAAGCAGGGCCCGGUGCUUUGUUUGUUAAGGUCAGCAUGGAUGGUGCUCCUUAUUUGAGAAAAGUAGACUUGAAAAAUUACUCGAAAUACCAGGAAUUGUCUUCUGCCCUUGAGAAGAUGUUCAGCUGUUUUACCAUUGGCCAAUAUGGAUCUCAUGGAGCUCUUGGUAGAGAGAUGCUGAGUGAGAGCAAGCUGAAGGAUCUGCUCCACUGCUCAGAAUAUGUUCUUACAUAUGAAGACAAAGAUGGGGACUGGAUGCUUGUGGGUGAUGUCCCAUGGGAGAUGUUUAUAGAUACAUGCAAGAGACUGAGGAUCAUGAAGAGCUCCGAUGCCAUUGGCCUAGCACCAAGGGCCAUGGAGAAAUGCAGAAACAGAAACUAGCUAUUGUUAGACAUGAUUGUCGCUAUCCAUCCAGCAGUCCUUGAGAUGAAUAAUUCCAGGAGAAGAUAUCAAAGCACAUGCAUGAACCAAAUUCCUCUUGGAGGUUGAAGAAUGGAAGGGUACUGGACUGGAUAGGUGAUCAUGAGCAUCUUCCUUCAUCAUGUUACUAUGUUUAUGUUCUCGUUGUGAGGUAUUUAUGUUCUCUUAGCUGUGGUUCUGAUCUAUUCAAAUUAUAAAACUCCUAGACUUUGGAUUUGGGAGUACCUCUAAGAUUGGGACAAGUUCCUGUUAUCAUACAGGUACCUUAGUUUGUAAAGUGCAUUGUUUGUUGAACUUCUAUUGUGUGUGUUUGUAUUGUAUGGUGAAAGACAUCACUCAAGUUGUUUGUAACUCAUGUAUGUUAACUUCUGUAUGUGACCAUGCGUUUGUUAUCUCGUCAAUAAUAUUUGGUUAUAACUUGGGUGA